ACCUUACUAUGGCGUUCUAUGCCCUUCUCUUCACGUUCCUCCACCCCUCUUCUCCCCUUCUAUGCCUUCGCCUGCCGCCAGGGGAUCCCUUGGAGGGAGCAGCGGGUCGUCCUCGCAGGCCAAUGGGUCUGGCUGCCAGCCGUCCUCCCUGCCGGGCUACACGUGCUCCGUGCAGCUCAGCAAGAACGCCGGGUCGUCCUCGCAGGCCAAUGGGUCUGGCUGCCAGCCGUCCUCCCUGCCGGGCUACACGUGCUCCGUGCAGCUCAGCAAGAACGCGUUCACUCGCAGCAUGGGCAUGGGCCACGUGCCCAUCGAUGCUUCGGCCCCCACCACCAUCAUCUGGGCCUACUCGCCCGACGCCUCAAUAGACUUCGUGAAGGGCACAUCGACCGCUGGCCAGGGCAGCAGCACAGCGGCGUAUAUCGCCCACGGGGUCCUCCUCGCCCUCGCCUUCGCCCUGCUCAUGCCCCUCGCCAUCCUCCUUGCCCGCCUCCUCCUCGCCGACCGCCCCCACGGGGCCCUCCUCAACCUCAACAGCGGAAGGACUUGCGGCCGCUGGGGUUUCAGCUGCACCGGGGGAUUCAGCUGUCGGCUCUAGUGGUUGCAGUGGCGGGGAUGAUUGUGAUAUUCGUGCAGGCGGGCUCCAAGGGGCUCAGCUGGACGCAUGGGCAGGUGGGGCU